AUGGCUUCAGAGACACAAAACAAUGAACUAGAAACACAACUGGUAAAGGACGAAGCUCCAUUGGAAUUAAAAGACGGGUUAGGAACAAGUCUGAUACCCAAGAGGGCCAAUGGAGUGUUGGUAGUUUGGAGUCACAAGUACAACAAGCUCGACCUUGCACAAGAAAGGCUGUCUCAGGGAGCCUGGAGAACCUCAGAAAGAGGGUUCAAAUAG